GCCGCCAUGGCUCUGCGGCCGGAGGUCCUGGACGAGCUGCCAGCCGCCUGUCUGUCGCCGUGUGGACCGCCCAACCCCGCCGAGCUGUUCAGUGAAGCGCGGCGCCUGGCGCUCGAGGAGCUGGUGGCCGGCGGCCCCGACGCCUUCGCGGCCUUCCUGCGCCGCGAGCGUUUGGGUCGCUUUCUGAACCCCGACGAGGUGCACGCCAUCCUGAGCGCGGCCGAGCAGCCCGGGGAAGAGGGUGCAGCGGCCGAGGACUCCUUUGGCUCGUCGCACGACUGCUCGUCGGGCACCUACUUCCCGGAGCAGUCGGACCUGGAGCCGCCGCUGCUGGAGCUCGGAUGGCCUGCCUUCUACCAGGGUGCUUACCGCGGCGCCACGCGCGUUGAGGCGCACUUCCAGCCUCGCGGCGCGGGCGCCGGCGGCCCUUACGGCUGCAAGGACGCGCUGCGCCAGCAGCUCCGCUCGGCGCGAGAGGUGAUCGCAGUGGUAAUGGAUGUCUUCACAGACAUUGACAUCUUCAGAGACCUGCAGGAAAUAUGUAGGAAACAGGGAGUUGCUGUGUAUAUUCUUCUGGACCAGUCUCUACUCUCUCAGUUUUUGGAUAUGUGCAUGGAUCUGAAAGUUCAUCCGGAACAGGAAAAGCUGAUGACAGUUCGGACUAUUACGGGAAACAUCUACUAUGCAAGAUCAGGAACGAAAAUUGUUGGGAAGGUUCAUGAAAAGUUCACAUUGAUUGAUGGCAUUCGCGUGGCAACAGGCUCCUACAGUUUCACAUGGACGGAUGGCAAAUUAAACAGCAGUAACUUGGUAAUUCUGUCUGGCCAAGUGGUGGAACACUUUGACUUGGAGUUCCGAAUUCUCUAUGCCCAGUCAACGCCUAUCAGCCCCAAACUCCUGUCUAACUUCCAGAUCAGCAACAAGUUUGACCAUCUGGUUGACCAGAAACCACAGUCCAAAGAGCUCACGUUGGGCAACCUGCUGCGUGUGCGUCUGGCCAGACUCUCAAGUACGCCCAAGAAGAGUGACCUGGAGUCAGAGGUGCCCCCUGAGGAUAAGACGGAGACCAAGCGCCAUGACUCAGGGUCCUCCACCCUUAGUGAGGAAGAACACUUCAACAGCCAUGAGAACGAACCAGAGAGCAGAAAGUCUGCUGAUGUGGCCACACAAACAGAGCCAGGAGAGGAGGUGCGUGCAGUGCAUGUGGGAACACAAGUCAGCACUGCCAUGGCCUGCGCUGGGACCCAAGCUGCAGUCCCCACCAGGGGAGUGAGCUCCCAAACCAUGGUGUGGUCCAAGUCGGCCACCACUCAGACUGAUUCGGACGAGCACAUGCUCUUUACUCAGGGAACCCCAUCUAAAGAAGGGUCACCAGUCUCAAAAAUGUCUGUUUCGAGAUCUUCCAGUUUAAAGUCGUCUUCCUCCUUGUCGUCCCAAGGAUCUGUGGCAAGCUCCACUGGUUCCCACGCUUCCAUCAGAGCCACCGAUGUCCACAGUCCUGGAUAUCCCAAGUACUUGGGCACCCCCCACUUGGAUCUGUACUUGAGAGACUCCUUUAGAAACUUGAAUAACGAGCGGCAGUUUCACUUUGCUGGUAUCAGGUCCCGGCUCAACCACAUGCUGGCCAUGUUGUCAAGGAGAACAUUCUUGACCGAAAACUACCUUGGUUUUAACUCUGGAAAUUUUAACAGAGCACCAGUGAAUUUGCUUGCCAUUAGAGAUAUAACACUUUAUCCUUCUUACCAGUAA